CUUUGCUUACGUACUUUAAAUCUGUUAAAUUAGACAUCUUUUUGAUAAUUAAAACAUUGUACGACUUUUGUGCGAAGAUCGUCACAAUUGCAAAUUUGUUUGCUUCAAAAAUUUGAUAUUAAACUUUUAAUCGGUCAAGGCAGUAUGAACUACUGUUUUCUAAUCCCUAAGUAAGGAUUACGUAGUCGGCAGACACUGAAACCGCAUAACUGCAAACCUAUACAAUUACUGGCAUAACACUGGACAAACGACGCGAGUCAGUGGUAGCGAUAAAUACCUCUAAUAACGUGUUUCACAACACGAUGUUCAAGUCUUUCAGAAAAAUAAGUAUAACGAAAAAGUUCGCUGUAGUUUUUGUUAUCGCGUGCUUUAUCUACAAACUUAUCAAUUACAACUUGGUAUAUGGUGAUGCCAAUAUUGUUAAAGUUGAUAUUGAUUACGUCGCCGUACAUUUUGAUUUGAAGGGAUCUCCACCAUUUAUCAGUUAUCUGAUAAUACUUCUGUCUACUUUGAAGAGGUAUGGAGUUAACUCGGUCCUGAUGGAAUAUGAAGAUAUGUUUCCGUACGACGGGAAACUUGCUAACUUAAGUUCCGAAAUAGCUUAUACGAAACCAGAGCUCACUGAAUUUCUAGUGGCAGCAAAGCAAUUGAACAUAGAGGUAAUACCACUGGUACAAACAUUUGGCCAUAUGGAGUUUGUACUGAAAUUAGAAGAAUUCUAUCGUCAAAGAGAAGUGCCGUAUAACCCUGCUGACAUAUGCCCCAGUCAGAAAGGCAGCUUGAAUUUAAUUCGGGACAUGUUGACACAGGUUAUUACCUUCCAUAACGCCGUCCACCCACUAAAAUACAUUCACAUUGGGUGCGAUGAAGUCUACAACAUAAAUAUAUGCUCAAAUUGUACGAAAAGAAAAUUACAACCGCAUCAAAUAUACUACGAUCAUCUGAUUAAUGUGAAAAAUAUAGUGCACGAUAUAAGUCCGAAAACGAAAGUCCUAUCUUGGUCCGAAAUAUAUUCUCAGACACGAAUCAAUUUAAAACAUGAGUUAAAAAGUUUAAAACAUAAAUUAAAUAAUUUGGAAAUUGUCGACUGGGACUAUGGCGCAAACACGAAGACGGCCCGACUGUACCGAAGUCAUGAAAUCUUUAACAAUAUUUGGUUGGCGUCAGCAUUCAAGGGAGCUGAUGGUAUAUAUGCGAAAACGCCAGAUAUAAUGAAGCGUUAUUUAAACCAUAUAAAAUGGAUGAAUGAAGUUGUAAUAUAUAAACCGCCAAGACGUGGGGUCAAAAUCAAGGGCAUCAUUUUGACUGGCUGGUCGAGAUACAGCCAUUUUGCGCGACAGUGUGAACUAUUGCCGUUCUCAAUGCCAAGUCUUAUAUUAAAUUUGUUAGUAAUUAAGUUGUUUCGCGAGGGUAUAAGCUUGGCAUUUCUGAAUAACCACACUCAUUGCCAAUUAUACGAUAAAUUCUUGAAGGAUGAUUUCGAAAGAGUCUACGUAAGUCUUGAUGACAACAGCGAAUGUUCGUUUCAAAAUGUUGUCGUAUAUAAAAUUAAUUUUCCAGAUUAUAAAAGUUGUUUGGCGAAGCUGGAUGACAUUAAAACUGAUUUUGAAGUCAAUUCUUGGACUAAUGUCCCUGAAUUCAUGAGUACUAUACAAGACUGUAAUAAUCAACUAGCUAGAGGUGUUCUGCUCAGUGAUCAAUUAAGGCCUAUAUUGUCAGAGUUUUAUAGCGCAGAUGUCAUAGAUAAUUAUUUAAAUGAAAAUGUUAAUGUAUAUGAUACUAAGGUCGGGGAUGAAGUGACUGAACUCAUGCAAAAAAUAAUGGUCUUUAAAAGUCUGCCCAGACGGUCUUUUGGACCGUUGCCUAUGAUUAAAUACGGAGUGUAAAGGGUAUCCAAUUAAACAUAUAUCUACUGCCUUUAGGUAGAAGUUGGUAAAGAGAGUUUGAUGUGUUAAAUGAAAAGUAUUAUGUUUAGACUGAAAACAUGAGAUAUUUAUUACAAAACUGUAAACUUCGAAACCUAUUAAAAGUAGAACUUAUGCUAGGCUAAGCCCCUAUAAUUUCAUAUGCAGGAGAGGCUGACUGAGCAGUUGGUCACUUGAUUUUUUUGAAUAUGUUAACAUGCAACUGCAAUACAAA